AUGUCUGCCCCAAUCGAAAACGAUUCCCUCAACCCCAACAGCGAGCCUUUUUUUAACGUUUUGUUUGCUUUUUUGGUCAACGUUGAUGUUCCCAUCGAGUUCAACCUCGAGGAAUACGUCAAGACUCCAGAGUUCGAUCAUCAGUGCUCCGAAAAAGCACGCGAGCGCGCCGUCUUAUCCUCUGACGAGAGCGGUGACUCUGAUGAAGACAGCGACGACAGCGUCUGUAGUGCCACCACCACCCCCUACGAAGUUCCCAAGACUGAGGCGAAUCUCUACUAUGCCGGUGUGGGUCCAAGGGGACGCGGGCCCAAGCUCAUUUAUAGGACCUCUGACGACAAAUUCGAGGAACCCUCUGGCCCUGAGGCGUACAAGCGCCUCAUGAGGGUUGUUGCCGUUCCAGAUAGUCACGAGUUCGGUCAGAAUGAAAUGUGGGACACGGUUCGCGACCAGGUUGUGAAGUUACUCAACCAAAGGAACAUUAGAGUCUCAUCUGUCGAUUUCGUUCGUUUCACGUGGCUCAACAAGAAGGCAGACCAGGAGAUUGAGGAGGAGGACGACGACGACGAUGCCAGGGAAGAGGAAGACGUCACCUACGAUGAUUUCCCACCCAUCCAGCCCGUCGAGGACGGAGAACGUCACUACACCAACCCUACCAUCUGGAUUGGUGUCUUGCCUGAGACUCUCACUGGUGCCGUUGCGCACGAGUCAUCCAAGGACAUCCGUGCCUUCCUCGACUUGCUCCAGGUCCAGAACGUCGACAUCGCCUAUCGUGAGUCAGUCUACAAGACCUUGCCCAGUCAUGGUCCAGCCCUUUUCCGCCCCGUUGAAGACGGUGGCCCUCUUAAGGACGUCAUCGACAACGUCUCUGUUCCCCUUAGUCUUCCCAUUGCUGGUCGUAAGACUACUAUGCAGGGCACUCUUGGUCCCUACUUCUGUGUCGGCAACAAGCUCUAUGCCAUCACUGUCCGUCACAACGUCUUCUUGCUCAACGGGGACAACGAGUCAUAUAGGUACCACAAAUCUGCACCCAAGAAGGAGGUCCUUGUGAUGGGCGCGCCUGCGUUCACAAACUACCUGGCCUCCAUCCAGGCCCUUAUUGGCACGCACAUUGACUCGGUCGAAUAUCUCGAGGAGAAAAUCAACACACUCAAAACUAGGGUGCAGGAUGGAAUCAACGUCCAAGAGUCGCAGAUCAAGCUGGACGAGAACGAGGUCGAGCUUGCCAAGGCGCACACCAAGAUCGACAAUCUCAAGAAGUUCUUUGUCGACAUCAAGAAGAGGUGGAGCAAGUCCAAGGACCGAGUCGUUGGGUUCGUCCGCUGGGCUCCCCCCAUUGGUGCCGGUGUUGCUCCUCACCGCUAUACCCGCGACCUAUGCGUCAUCGAGCUGUACAAGGAGAAGUUUAAGCACAUGAUCGGCAACGUUCUGAGCCUUGGUCCGGAGUUGUCCCCUUCGAAGCUCAAAGCCUUGAUGUACGAACGUAUCGACGUCCCAUCCGAGUUCAAGUACCCCGACGACGGUCUUCUUACUCUCAGAGGCAUGCUCACCGCCGAUCAGGUCAACAACCCCAACACCUUGAACCUCCAAGGCGAUCGCAUUCGUCGCGUUCUCAAGCGCGGCUUCACUACCAACACCACCGUCGGCACGCUCACCAGGUUUAUGUCUUUCGUCCGCAAGUACUUCAUCACCGGCAAUGUGGAGUCGCUCGAGGUGCCCAUCCUUUCUCACGAGCACGACUCCGGCACCUUCUCCAAAGGAGGUGAUUCUGGAUCUCUCAUCGUCUCUGCCCACGGCGAGUUUGUUGCAUUGCUCACUGGCGGGACGAACAAGGGAAUGGAUGGCUCCGACAUCACCUUCGCCACUCUUUUCGAAUGGAUCUGGGAUCUCGUCAAGGAGGAGUUCCCUGGUGCCAAUUUGUAUUUGGACAACCUUCAAGAAUUCCUUGCUGACGUGGCCUAGGCCUCUCGACUUUGUUUUUUCUGUAACUCCUUCCCUCUCCCGUAACCCCCAUGCUCACUGUCAUCAGUCUGUGAACUCAUUCUGCUGUUUUGGUGUUCGCUUUUAUCUAUUGGAUAGUUUCUUGGUGCAGAUAAAGUGCUUUUGACUGUUGGGCGGCUGAAAAGCCUGGGCAUUGGCAAGCCUUCGUAAAAGGACUUUUGUGCUGGCAUAUGAUUCGUUGGCACAUUUCUUCUGUUUUCUCACUCUCCCCAGUGAUCAGCUAUUUUUAGAGUUCUCUCGCUUCGACCACAGCGUCUUCUUCUGCGUUCUCUUCACCUUGAUACUUGACUACAUAUCCGCCACUCAUCCCUCUUCCACGAUUGCGUCUUCUUCCAAUUCCCCACUGUAUUUUUCUCGUCUAUCUUGCUGGUUGUUGGUGCAGACGCGUGUUUGCAACGUCGGAUUGCCGCUUCAAGUUACGGGUGAAUCUACACAAUUUGUUUGUUGUCUCAACUUUGUCUCUUGUUCUUCUGCUCUCUAUAUAUUGUGGAGAGAGAGGCGGGGUGAUUUUAUCGGGUAAUAUCAACCGGGGAAGUGCAUAUGAUCGCGUAGUUGUCGAAAAUACAAGUGCCAAAGGGAGGUUGCACAGCAUCGGCUCCUCCCUUCUCUACGUCUAUUUACGUUGAGCAACGUCUUGCUGGAGUUGCUCAGCGCACAUCUCAGCUCUUGCUAUUUUGUACUCGACAUGAAUCGG